AUGCCAUUUAGUGUUAUGCAUACUCCUGUUGACCAGCGAGUCACUCGUAGCCGUGGCGCUGUGCAAAGCGCUGCUCGCGCUGCUGCCACCAGAAAUUUUGAGGCUCACACCGACCUCACGCGCGACUUCCAGCACGAAGAAGAUCAUGCCGAACCCGACGCUCUCGAUUGCUUGGUCAACGAGCAUGAGGAAGAGGAAAGGCCGAAAAUGGCCGCCACCGGGUCGCACCCGGCCACGCCUUCGACAGGAGCCGCUCCCGUCGAGGCUACCGCGAGCGCUUCUCGCCAUGCCGCAAGCGCCGCCGCCACAUCAGCCGCCGCCGCGGGCCCUGGAUCCCCCCGCAACAAUGACGCCGCCGUGGCCCAGCCGACGGACAAGUGCCCGCUUUGCAGCAGCAAGACACCUCAGCCGCGACUAACCCGCGAGCACCUGCUGACCUGCCGUCCCAUCAAGCGACACAACGCCCUUCGCGACGAGAUGGGCCGCCUGCUCAGGUACGCCACCCUCUCCCAUGUCUGGGUGGAAAAGUCUGGCUACAACGCCAACGGUCAGAGCUGCCGCAUCGACCUGCACUGCCGCAACCCCUUUCCCGGCGGUGCCCUGGGCCCAGCUCUGCCCGACCUGGGCAUUGACGUGACUGUGCGCACAGCCCAACCCCCGACCACCUCGCAAGCCUGCAUCAAGGUGGGCGCUGCCCUUCGCCGAGCCGAAAAGGAGAAGCGCGACUACUACACCGGUUUCAACCAUGGAAAAACUCUGAUCGUCCCUGCGGCGAUGACGACAACCGGUGGGUUCGCCUCCUCCUUUGUGGAUCUGCUUGGUCAGCUCGCCCGCUGCGCCGAGGCCCGUGGUGUGUACCAGCCGGGGCUGGAUGAGGCCUUUGUUCCUCGGUGGAAGGGUCGCUUUGCGGCUCUGGUCCAUCAGAUGAACGCUGACCACAUCCAGCGCCACUUUGGCGGUGUCUGCCUGCGCUCGUCCAUGUUGUUGUCUGCUCCCUCGACCGCACUGUCUACGAUUGACCUGCGCAAUAUGUUUCACGAUCGUCUCCGUUGGCUUGUGACGGGGCAACUAGGUCGGGUCGUGGACGCCAUGCGCAAGGCAGUCGCACGCAAGCAGAGCCGUCGAGGACAGCUGAACGCCGGCGCGGGCGCCCACCCGAACGACGCAGUCGACCAGAGCCUCAGGUCGCUCGUCCGCGACCCGGACCUGGCGGACGAAGCCUGGGCAAACCACGUCACGAACCGUCUGAACCGAGAAGCGCCUCAGGGCCCCACCACCGCCACUGGAGGUCCUCAGGUUGCCUUGAACAAGAUCUUUCACCACAUUGCCAACAACACCGUGCCCGAGUCGAUUCGACAUGCCCUUUGCUCCAUCAACUACACUAUCCUGGAGAAAGCCAAUGGCAAGUUUCGACCCGUGGGCACGGAUUCCAUCUUCAACAAGGUUGUCAACCGCGCCCUGCUCGAGCAACAGCAGCCCCAUAUUGCCCACUUGCUACAGGCCAGUCCAGAGCUGGCCGUCGGAGUCAAGGACGGCAUUUCAGCUGCGGUUGGCAUGACCUUUGGUGAGCUUCAAGCCUGUGAGUCUACCCCGGGCUGGACCAUGCUCUCCCUCGAUUUCAAGAGUGCCUUCAACUACACCGACCGAGCACGGCUGCACGAGAUUGUGGCCGACAAGGUCCCUGGCCUCUUGCGCGCCUUUGAACGACACUAUGCUCGACCCACUACCCACUGCAUUGUCGACAAGUUCUUCAUCAAAUACCUCGACGACAUUGUACUGAUGGGUCCCGCGGAGGACGUGGCGGCCGACCGAGUCACUCGUAGCCGUGGCGCUGUGCAAAGCGCUGCUCGCGCUGCUGCCACCAGAAACUUUGAGGCUCGCACCGACCUCACGCGCGACUUCCAGCACGAAGAAGAUCAUGCCGAACCCGACGCUCUCGAUUGCUUGGUCAACGAGCAUGAGGAAGAGGAAAGACCGAAAAUGGCCGCCACCGGGUCGCACCCGGCCACGCCUUCGACAGGAGCCGCUCCCGUCGAGGCUACAGCGAGCGCUUCUCGCCAUGCCGCAAGCGCCGCCGCCACAUCAGCCGCCGCCGCGGGCCCUGGAUCCCCCCGCAACAAUGACGCCGCCGUGGCCCAGGUCCACAGGACCCUUCAAGCCCUAGUGCACUCUCUAGGCUCCCAACAUCAGCUCCAAUCGCAGAUUGCCGAGCUUGAACGCGAGAUAAACGCUGCCCUUCGGCUCAUCCCGGACAGGGGCCGCUCACAUGGUUCGUUACGCGCGCACGAGACCCAGUCGCCUUCUCGUGACCUUGCGACCGAUUUUUCUUUGCUCGCUCCCUCGCCCGCGGCGCACCCGUCUGCCCGCGAUGGCGAAGUGGCGUUUGGCCUGGCCUCCAAUCGCCCUCUACCCCGGCUCCCGAGAGAGCCCGUGCACGAAUCGCUCUCUCACGACUCUCGUUAUCUUCAUGGCUAUUUGAGCUCUCCCGCACAUGACGAUAGAGCCACCACGCCCAGGCGCUCUCCCAUGGAAGCAGUGGAUGCAUCCCAAUUUGGUGUUGCCUUUGGCACCAAUGCGCCACCACGGGCGGGCUCUCGGACUCAACCACCCCACCACGUUUGGCACCGAGCCUACCAAACCUCAACCAAGUGGGAGUCCUAUCGCGGUGACAGCAAGAAAGGUCUCGACUGCCUCAAAGAAAACGUCAACUCGGCCCUCGUUCUUCUAUUAGAGGCACAAUCUGAGACGGUAUACUUUACCACGUUGUGUGUCCUCUGUGAGCAUGCAAACUCAGCCCCACUUGGCGAAGUCAGUGAGAGUGAAACACACGAUGCAGCGGGCGAACACAGUGAGGGUGAGCAAGAUGUUCUUCUCAGCGAUCCUGCUCCGCCCAUCGCUGCCAACGUGCUGGAUGCCCAGCGCAAGGUCCUGCUGAAGACAUCUGGCCACAGGCAACUCCUCGCCUGCCCAUUUGGGCUUUGCAAAUGCAAGGGGCCCCGCCUUGACCGCAAAGCCUGGGUCAAUCAUGUACUACGCGAGCACCCCUACGACGAGCAAGCCACUGAUCUGGUCAAGCAGGUGAUGGAGGCCAAAUUGGUCGCCCAGUGCAACAAGUGUCACCUCUUCUUCGAAGCUGCUGGUAUCAGUCAACACCGCUCCCGAUGUGGUGCCAAUCUGAAGCGAGCGACCGAGGCGUUGUUUCAUGCGGCUGGACACGACCUGCUUGAGAUUAUGCGUGGCGCUUGGCCCCAACAGUGUGUAGGGUCGCGCAUCAGCGUCUGCGAGCUGCUCAAGCUCGCCCGGCAUCCACUGAUGCAGCGCAGCCGCUACCCAUCCAACGCCACCGAGACCAAGCUGAUGGCUGCCACCCUGAGCCAGCUGUAUUGGUCUGCCGUCCAUUCAGACUAUACCGCUGAAGAGCGAGAGAUGUGCUGGGCUUUGAUUUUGGCCUUGCCUAGCAUGUUGUUGUCUGCUCCCUCGACCGCACUGUCUACGAUUGACCUGCGCAAUAUGUUUCACGAUCGUCUCCGUUGGCUUGUGACGGGGCAACUAGGUCGGGUCGUGGACGCCAUGCGCAAGGCAGUCGCACGCAAGCAGAGCCGUCGAGGACAGCUGAACGCCGGCGCGGGCGCCCACCCGAACGACGCAGUCGACCAGAGCCUCAGGUCGCUCGUCCGCGACCCGGACCUGGCGGACGAAGCCUGGGCAAACCACGUCACGAACCGUCUGAACCGAGGUCAGAUUGCCAAAGCAUUUGAUGCCGACAAGGCUCGUGCCGUGAUUGGUAAUUCUGAGGUUCAGGCCGUGCGCGACCUCUUGGUACCGCCCGGGCUGACCCCGUACAUUGCUUCGACACCCGCCUCCACGUCUACACUGGCACCAGCCACGGCUGCGAGCUCCCCAACCGUGUCCUUCACCAAAGGUGAGCUCCCCAAGGCGUUGGCGGCCACGAAGGGCGUCACCGACCCCUAUGGUUGGUCUGCCGAGCCCUUGCUGCAUAUGGCCACCCUCGAUCUAGAGGGCUGCACCGCCGCUGGUAUCCAGGAUAUUUAUGGCGACAUUUCUUCCGACCUGGACUACCUCAUCUACGUCAACGACAUCAUGGUUGACUGGAUCUUACCGUGCUUGAGAGGUGACCUUGCCUCUCGUUUUCAGCGUGAAAAAUCACGCCAACGCAUCGUCUUGGGCGCCUGGUUCAAACAGAUGGGCGCCCUCUUCCUCCAGACCACUCGUCACGACAUUACCCAAGCCUCUCAGGCUCUUCGCGACCAACGCAUCCGCACGGCCGACGACUUUCCUGUCUACCGCUCCUCCAUCACUGCUGCCGUCGACACCCUUCGCAUUGAGGGCGCCUACUCGGCAACCCUCGUCAUCGCCCAACUGGUUGAUGGCCUGCCUUCGAAACUCAGGGACGUGAUUGCAAACCUGUAUCAACCGUCUUGGGAUUUGGGCAAGUUCUUUGAGGUGGUGACUGCUAACCUGCACAAACUCACGCCUGCUGGUGCCCGCGCCAAACCUAAACAGGGUGCCUUUGCUGUUGAGCAUGGUGGAGGGCGCGGGCACGGGCAUGGCCGUGGACGUGGUCGCGGACGCGGUCGUGGACGUGGUCGUGGACGUGGUCGCCAUGGUAUACACCACGGGCCCCACCCAAAGAGUGAUCGCGUCAAUGCCAACUGUGAAUUUUGUCGCAUCUAUGGCCACGAUGCAUCUCAGUGCCGCAAGAAGCGCGCGCACGAGAAGCACAAUGGCAAGCAAGAUAAAGCCCCGUCUUUCACAUCAACCAAGAACGCGAGCUCAAACGCUGUGGCCCAACCAGCCUUGGCGGUCAAGUCGAGUGCUUCAGCAACAAGUGCCGACUCGGCCUCAACCUAUCGCAGUUAA